CAAAGGGCAGGCAUGAAAGCUUGGCAAACCUCUCCAGGAAGCUGCGUGCCUCGCCCUUCACUCCAGAGCUUCCCCAACGCGCCUCCGCUCGCUGCACCCAUUGGCCCACCAUGCCGCCGUUCAAAGAUGAACAGAUAAUCAUCAUCGCGCCAGGCUCAGAGACGACGGUCGCGCAGCUCGGCCUGCCCGAGUCUUUCACACCUGCCCGCAUACGCGUGCGGUCGCGCAUGUUCCCAGCCGAGAAGGAGGGAGAAUGGGAGCCCUACAAAGUGCGCCGGCGCUCAGACAAGCCCGAGAUGUCCGCGCCGGCCCAUGAUGCCCAAGGAGCUGUCCUGAACCCCGCAAACCGCGAUGACGACGACAUUGUGUACGAGGAGGAUCGUGUGUCAGAGGAAGGCGCGGUCUGGCCUAUCCAGCAGGGCAGGAUCGUCAACUGGCCGUGUUUCUUCGCCCUCGUCACCCACGUCUACAAUACCAUGAAUCCCCCCUUCCACACCCCCAUUCUCCUCAUAGCACAACCUGCCUGGGCACCACGGGAGCAUGAGAGGCUGACCCAGUUCUUCUUCGAGAAAUUCAAGACGCCUGCAUUCGGUCUCAUGGACUCGGCGCUGGCUACAAGUUGGGCGUAUGGCGUCCAUACCUCCACAGUCGUCGAUGUUGGAAGAGACAAGGUGGACGUCACGGCCGUUAGCGAGUUUAUACCACAUAUACAAGGCAGAGUCAUUGCAUUGCCCGAGUGUGGUGGCGAGGCCCUUACAAACGGCCUUCUUGCAAAGCUCAAAUCUAGAGGGCUGACGCGGGAUAUGUGCGAGCAGCUCAAGAAGAGCCCAAUUUGCGAACUGUUGCCCCCGGGGACGCCACUGCCGGGAACUGGAGAAUCUAAUGGCCUAGACAGGAUCACAAACCCCGCCGCGGCCGCGUCUACCGGAGCGCCUGGGUCCGGGCCUGCAGCCGCUUCCGCCAUAGGGAACGUCCCUCGAGGCCCAGGAGCGGACACCGAAGUUGGGGACGACGGCAAUGGAGACGAGAGUGAGGGGGUCCUUGACGUAGCCAGCAUCGUCGCAGGAGGCAAGAUGAGCGAGUAUCUGGCCCGGAAAGAGAAAGAGAAAGAGGAGAAGGCGGCAGCCAAAAAAAAGGGUCUUGAAGCUGCAGUACAACCAGCUCGACCUAUCAGGCUCCCAAAUGCAAAACGAGAAAAAGCAACCUUCAUGUAUGAAGACCACUUUCUGCUGGACACUUUGAAGAACAUGAAUCUGGGAAGCAAGGGUAUGGCAGAAGCACAGGCUGCACUGGACGAGGGCCCCCAAAAGAAGGGCCAGGACGAUGUAGACGGGGAACCAAGAUCUGCAAUUGAUGCUAGUGGUUCUGCAGACAUGGCUUCGUCGUCUUCCCGUACCGGCCCUAUUCGUCGAGAGAUCGAAGUCGGAGUAGAGCGAUUCCAAGCAGACAGCGGUGGAAUUCUAGAAAAGAUUGCAGACGCGAUACAUCGGACUAUCUCUUCCGUAGAUGAGGUCAACAAGCGAAGCGAGCUUUGGGACUCCUUGAUCAUCUGCGGCAACGGAUCAAGGUUGCGAGGCUUCAAAGAGGCGCUCAUGGUAACACUCCAAACUAAAUAUCUAAUAUCCCCCUCGUCCGCCACCAUCUUCACUUCCGAAAUCCCUUCUAAUAUCUCUACUCCUGCUGGCACCGGAGCCAACACCCCACAACCACAGCUCGGGCCUCAUGGCGGUCCCAGCCAAGUCAAUCCUCUCCUUCUCGCUGCUACCACAGCACAAAACCCACACCUCAUGCCACCGGGUUCUAACCCCCUAGGUAUGCCAGGCAUGUCCAGCCACAAUCAACACUCGUCGCACGGCCAAACACCCACAAGUAUCAAAUUUGUCAAACCGCCGGAAUAUUUCCCGGAGUGGAAAGAUGUUGGGUUUGAUGAAAGCGCAUUUCUGGGUGCUCAAGUCGCAGCAAAAGUCAUAUUUGUCGUGGAUCAAGGCCAGAGUAAGGGAUAUAUGACCAGGCCUGAUUAUAAUGAUCAGGGGCCUAUGGGCAUACAUGAUUACAGUCUAUAAUCUUCACAUGCUGUAUACCUUGUUCGGAGUUCCGGUCAUGGUGUGGCGGCGCUUUUAAGGAAAGAGGAAAGGAAGCCCUUGGGAGGCUGGCUAUUGAUCAUGG